UCAUUCCUAUGACCAUCCUGCGGUCGACCAUGUUUUUGGUGUCGGUUUUGUUUCCCUUUUUGCUACUGUUAGACUAUACCGUCGGAGCAACGGCAGUUGGUGUGAAGGUCACAAUAAAAAAUGGACCCAUUGUUGGUGAACAGCGUAAAAAUUAUUUCGCCUUCGAGGGGAUACCGUACGCGAAGGCACCGAUCGGUGUGCGCCGAUUCGCAGUACCGGAACCGUACGACGACCGGUGGUACGAGCCAAGAAAUGCGACCCGUGUUGGUCCCGUGUGUAUGCAGUGGACCCAUCUGAAACCUGGCGACGAUAAGCUGGUGGGUGAAGAAGACUGCCUGUUUGUGAACGUUUACACUCCCGAUCUGGCACCAAGUGAGCCUCUCCCGACGGUGGUGUUCCUGCACGGCGGUGCGUUUAUGUACGGUGGCGGAGGAUUCUUUCAGCCUGAUUUCCUGCUCACGCGCCCACUGCUUCUGGUCACGGUGAACUAUCGACUCGGACCUCUUGGAUUUCUCAGCACCGGAGAUGACGUGAUCGCGGGCAAUUUUGGGCUGAAAGAUCAACGAACAGCACUGCAGUGGGUAAAGAAAAACAUCAAAUACUUCGGUGGCAAUCCGAACCAGAUCACCCUGUCCGGCUUUUCGGCCGGUUCGGCCAGUGUGCACUUGCACUAUCUUUCGCCUCUCUCGUGGGACCUCUUUCACCGUGGCAUCGGUCACAGUGGAUCAGCCUUCAAUCCCUGGGUAAUGAUGGAGAGGGCACCGGAAAAGGCCAGAUCGAUUGCGUCCGGCGUUGGAUGUGCCUUCAACGAGAGUCAAACGAUGCUAGAAUGUUUAAGAAACCGUGCAGCAGAAGACAUCGUGCGACAAGUUGCAACAUUGCAAGAUUUUCUAUACAAUCCGUUUUCGCCACUCGGAGUGGUGGUAGAGAAGCGUGGCCCACGCAACCCGGAACCUUUUCUUUCCGAACAUCCCCUUGCCCUGACUCGGAAAGGUAAGUUUAGCCGAGUUCCGUUGCUGCUGUCCGUUACAGAAGCGGAAGGACUGUACCCGGCUGCAGAGUUUGCUAGCAACGCAAGCUAUUUGCAGCAAAUCGACAAACGGUGGAACGAACUGUUGCCAAGCAUUUUGGACUAUAAGUAUGCCGUGACGGACCAGCAAUGGAGAGAUGCGCUGUCGACGGGGAUCAGAGUUCACUACUUGGGAUCGGAAGAUCUGCACGAGCAAAACUAUCGUCAGUUUGUGAAGAUGAUUUCCAACCGCCUCUUCUUUGCGGGCGUCACGGAAAUGGUUAAGCUAAUGCAACGGCAUAUUUCGGUGUACUUGUACUUUGACCAAUACAAAGCGGUUUACGGCCUGGGAGAGGCAAUGUCUGGCUCCAACGCCAAUCUGGGCAUCGCCCACGGAGAAGAUUUACUGCUCAUCCUACCGAGUAGCAUACGCAACGGAAUGCCGUACACCGGAGAGGAAAUGGAAAUGGUCUCCAAGUUCGUCGACCUGUACGAAUCAUUUGCCUACGGACUUCAGCCUCGCUUCGGAGACUGUGAAAUGUACCCCCAAAAGAGCGCUGCGCAAUUAACCUAUUUGGCAAUCAACUACCCAAACAGCACCACCGUAACGAAUGAUUUCUUGAGCGAUGAAGCGUUUUGGAACGAGCUGGAUUUUAAUGACGGCACCACCGUAAAUGGUUAGCGGCGACGGAAAGGUAUCAUAAGGAGCCCUCAAUAAAAAAAAAACGAACCUG